CUCAUAUAUACCCCUAGUACUUGGUACCUCACUUUGCUGAUCAGAGAUCAUGUAGGAUCGUCAUUGGUAGAUGAGGAGUCCGAAGACGAAUGCCUUAUUCGAGCACUACCUGUCGAUCAUCGCGAUGAUCCUAUAGGUUAUGAUCGGCGUCACACCAGCUGUUCCAGCACUGAUGGUCAGGAAUUGAGCUCGGGUGCUAAAGCUCGAUCACAGUGAUCAUCAAUCAUAGCCAUCCGUCAGCGAACAUAAAUUCCCUGAUACUCCCCAUGCGUCCCCUCCAGUCUUCCCAACACUCUUUCAAAUUUCGCUUUCCUCCUCGACUCCCGCAAGAACCUAGCCCACCACAAUGCGUGUCACAGCCAUCCUUCCCUUUCUGGCGCUAGCGUUCCACCCGCUCACGGCAUUCGCCCAAGAAGGUGUCCUAGGCGAGCUCGCAGCUCAAGUUGCCACAACACUGGGUUAUGGAAAAGAACCGAGCUGCGACCCUGACGACCUGUACUGCUGCAUCUACCGCGGCCCUGGCACCGAUUAUUAUACCAGGGUUCAGGAAUACACCGACCCGGGUGCUGGCGUCGGAUCCAAUUGUGACCUCCCUGAUGAAGAAACGCGCCAAUGCAACUCCAAUGUACGGACACUUGUCUGCUGUACGGACAGCUACGGGGUAUGGGAUUCUUCACCCUCCCAGUGCUCAGAGGAACCCCCGUGCUGACACGCUUUUGACUUUGCAGCUCGACAAAAUCGAUUGCACGCAGCAGUGAUGCGAGCAGGCAAUCUGUGGCCGUUGGACCGUAAAUAUGGUGAAUUGAUGGGCGAGUCGACAUAAGCGCAGCAUGUGGGAUGUAGAAUAAUGUAAUAAUCGGAAAGCAUCUGAAUCGACAAUUCUUUUGGGGGAACCCUAGAUCUUCCCACUCACCUAAUCUCCCCGGACACAUUGUGACGAGACACCUGUUCGUCUCAGUCAGCAGCAAAGUAGGCGAAUGCAAGAGCGGACCCUGGAAUGGCAGGCUAGCGGGC